AUGCGGAUCGCAUUCAUCGAUCAGCUGUCGAAUCGAAGUGUUCGAUUCAUUCGAGCUUCAUGUGCAAAAUUAGCGAUUGAUAAAAAUUGUGGAUCUGAUGAAAAGUGUGUCCCUGAUUUGAAAGUACACGCCAUUUCACGUAAAGAAAAGUUUACCAUUGGUGCAAUUGAUCAAUCACUAUUAAUUGAUGUGACGGUUAACAAUCGUGGAGAAGAUUCGUAUGAAAGUCAAUUUUAUGUUAUUAUUCCAUCUGGAUUCGAAUAUGGUGGUCAACCGCUUAGUUGUUCUCCUCAAACAAAAGCUGGUAAAAGCGAUGAUUAUAUUUUUGUCUGCGAUAUUGGCAAUCCUCUACCUGGAGAUGGUAAAGCAAAUUUCGGAUUCCGUUUGACAGGUACGAAUGUUGAUGCAACCGGUGAAGAAGUCGUCGUUAAAAUGUUUGCUAACAGUACGAAUAAGGAAGCAGAAGGUCGAGAUAUUGACAAUGAAAUUAUUCUACGAGUUCCACUAGAAGUAAAAGCGCAAUUAUCAUUAGUCGGUCGAUCAACACCAGAACAACUCGAUUAUUCAAUUCGAAAUCGUACGCCCGGCCUAAAUGCUAUUUUUGAUUCUGAAAUUGGGCCUAUUGUGAGUCAUUUAUAUCAGGUGAUAAAUCGAGGACCAAGUGCAAUCACCGGUGCAUCGUUGGAUAUAAUAUGGCCAAGUUUCUCUGAAAAUGGUCAACACUUGCUAUAUCUGAUUGAUGAGCCACAAGUUGAUGAUCCUAGCAAAGUAAAAUGUCGAGUAAAACAAAACCAAAAUAUCAAUCCGGACAGCCUGACAAUCUCGAAUGAACAUUUUGCAACAGAAUCAACAACGAUGAAUAAUGUCGAUUAUUCGGAUGGUUCUAUUCGUAAUCAGUAUGAAGAUUUCAAAUAUAUGCGGAAAAUUAAAAAAAUUAAACGUAGCUCAGCUGGUAAUAAUCUACGAGAUGAACGGCGAGCACGUAUGAUACAGUCUAAAAAUGACAUGAAGAAUGCUGUAAAAAUGGCUAAAUCAGCUGGAUCUGCCGUUGAAUAUAAAGGACCUUUAAGUCGAGCAACUAUUGUAAGCUCAUCAUUCAAUCUUUUCCAAUUGUGCUAA